UUUGACACUGGCUUCUCAAUGUGUGUGUGUGUGUGUGUGUGUGUGUGUGUGUGUGUGUGUGUGUGUGUGUGUGUGUGUGUGUGUGUGUGUGUGUAAGUAAUCGGCUUCCUGCUGCUGCUCGGUGUCCGCACACCGUCCGUGUAGUUAGUGUUGAUCGGCUCGCCAUGGCGGAAGGACGCAGAGAACAGCCGCAUCCUCUCCUAUCCUUACCACCGGCCAGCAAGCGACCCUGCCUGCGCCCUGCUCCCCGAGGUCCCGGCCCGGGGCCCGGCCACGGCAGCGGGUUGCCCAGCUCCCGGUACCGUUCCCCGGAGUCCCUUCUGGACUGCGCCGCUAAAGCAGUAGCGGAAAAGUGGGCCUUCGAGAGAGUGGAGGAGCGCUUCGAGCGGAUCCCGGAGCCUGUCCAGCGCCGCAUCGUCUACUGGUCUUUUCCCCGUAACGAAAAGGAGAUAUGCAUGUACUCUUCGUUUCAGUGCCGAGUGGCCGGCGAGGAGGGUCCGUCGGCGGCUACCGGUGGGGCUGGGGGUACAGGGUCCGGAGCUACAACCACCGGGGGUGGCGGAGGAUCUACCGCCGGUACGGCGGCUACCGUGGGGGCAGCCGGAGCGGUGGGAACGGGAGACGGACUGCCUUUUCGCCGCGGCAUCAGGCUGCUGGAGACCGGCUGUGUGGAAAACGUUUUACAAGUCGGCUUUCAUCUCAGUGGCACAGUAACUGAGCCCCCCACCUCAUCAGAGCCAGAGGUCACCCACAAGGUGGCCAUCAGCUUCGACCGCUGCAAGAUAACCUCCGUCACCUGCGGCUGCGGAAACCGAGACAUUUUCUACUGCGCGCAUGUGGUGGCGCUGUCUCUUUACAGGAUUCGCAAGCCUGAACAGGUGAAGCUGCGGUUGCCCAUCUCAGAGACGUUGUUCCAGAUGAACAGAGACCAGCUGCAGAAGCUGGUGCAGUAUCUGAUAACAGCCCACCACACAGAGGUGCUGCCCACCGCUCAGAAACUGGCCGACGAGAUCCUCUCCUCCAACUCUGAGAUCAACCAGGUCCACGGUGCUCCGGACCCGACUGCAGGUGCCAGCAUUGACGAUGACAAUUGCUGGCAUCUGGACGAGGAUCAAGUCAGGGAGCAAGUCAAACAGUUUCUCUCCCAGGGAGGAUACUACGGCUCUGGAAAGCAGCUCAACUCCAUGUUCGCUAAGGUGCGGGAGAUGCUACGAAUGCGAGACUCCAAUGGCGCUCGGAUGCUGACGCUCAUAACGGAACAGUUUAUGGCAGACCCUCGGCUGUCGCUAUGGAGACAGCAGGGCACGGGCAUGACGGACAAGUGUCGGCAGCUUUGGGAUGAACUGGGUGCAUUGUGGGUAUGCGUAGUGCUCAAUCCCCACUGCAAGAGCGAGGAGAAGAGCGGCUGGCUGAAGCAGCUGAAGAAGUGGGGCGACAUGGACGUCUGCCCGCUGGAGGACGGCAACUACGGCAGCGAGCUUCCGAACAUCACCAACGCUCUGCCACAGAGCAACCUCGCACAGGAUUCUCUGUCCAGGCCGCGGAGGACAGUGUUCAGCCGGGCCGUGGAGGCCUGCGACCUCCACUGGCAGGACAGCCACCUGCAGAGGAUCAUCAGCAGCGACUUCUACAUGUCUCCGUCCUACCAGAGAGAGGGAGAGAGCCUGCUGUUCAACCCACAGGGCCUGCCGCUCUGGCUCGACCACGUCCCAACGGCAUGCGCUCGCGUCGACGCCUUGCGUUCCCAUGGUUACUCCAGGGAAGCCCUGCGAUUGGCCGUCGCCAUCAUUAACACGCUCCGCCUCCAACAGCAGAGGCAGAUGGACAUCUACAAACACCAAAAGAAAGAGCUGCUCCAGAGGGGUGUGACCUCUACCACCAACUUGGAAGGCUGGGUAGGUCAUCCCUUAGACCCCAUUGGCUGCCUGUUUACCACGCUCACGGAAACCUGCCGCGUGGAUGACGACAACACCAUGGACACCGGAGAAGAUGACUCCAGGCCUCCAGUUUACCAUCAUGUACCAGUGUGGGGCAGUCCUAAUGGAGGGGAGUCCUACCUGACUCUGGCCUUAGAGGUGGCUCUGAUGGGUAUGGGCCAACAGAGGAUAAUGCCUGAGGGCCUGUACGCUCAGGAUAAGGUGUGUCGUAAUGAGGAGCAGAUUGUUGCAAAGCUACAGGAACUGGAGCUGGAUGACCUUCUGGUUCAGACCCUUCGGAAACAGGCCAUACAGCUACUAGAAGCUGGUCCAUUUAGCGGUCUAGGUGAGGUCAUCCACAGGGAGAGCGUUCCCAUGCACACCUUCGCAAAGUACCUCUUCUCUGCCCUGCUGCCACACGAUGCAGACCUGGCAUAUAAGGUGGCUCUCCGCGCCAUGAGGUUGCCAGUGCUAGAGUCAUCAGCAAGCUCUGGAGAUGUAGGCCACCCUCAUCACGGCAUCUCCAUAGUUCCAAGUAGAUAUCCACGCUGGUUCACACUGGGACACCUGGAGUCACAGCAGUGCGAGCUAGCCUCCACCAUGCUCACUGCUGCUAAAGGUGACAUGUUGAGGUUGCGGACGGUGCUGGAAGCCAUCCAGAAAAACAUCCACUCCUCUUCCUUAAUCUUCAAACUGGCCCAGGACGCCUUUAAGAUAGCCACACCCGCAGACAACCCGCCUGAUAUAACUCUGCUCAACGUGGCACUGGAGCUAGGACUGCAGGUGAUGAGGAUGACUCUGUCUACUCUGAACUGGAGGAGGAGAGAGAUGGUUCGCUGGUUGGUAACCUGCGCCACUGAAGUCGGUCUGCGGGCGCUGGUGAGCAUCUUACAGAGCUGGUACACUCUCUUCACGCCGACCGAGGCCACCAGCAUCGUGGCAGCCACUGUCAUGUCCCACAACACCAUCCUGCGCCUCAGCCUCGACUACCCACAGCGUGAGGAGCUGGCCAGCUGUGCAAGGACCCUGGCCCUACAGUGCGCCAUGAAGGACCCCCAGAACUGCGCCCUGUCAGCUCUGACGCUCUGCGAGAAGGACCACAUCGCCUUUGAGACGGCCUACCAGAUUGUGAUUGACGCAGCAUCCACAGGGAUGACGUACUCCCAGCUGUUCACCAUCGCCAGGUACAUGGAACACAGAGGAUACCCGCUACGGUCGUUCAAGUUGGCCUCCCUUGCCAUGACCCACCUUAACCUGGCUUACAACCAGGACACACACCCAGCUAUUAAUGAUGUGCUCUGGGCCUGCGCGCUCAGCCACUCUCUGGGUAAAAACGAGCUCGCAGCUAUUAUUCCCCUGGUGGUGAAGAGCGUGCACUGCGCCACGGUGCUGUCUGACAUCCUGCGGCGGUGCACCAUGACAGCACCAGGUCUCGCCGGCAUUCCCGGGAGAAGGAACUCUGGGAAGCUGAUGUCAACAGACAAGGCACCAUUGCGGCAGCUCCUGGAUGCCACAAUCUCGGCAUACAUCAACACCACGCACUCUCGACUGACGCACAUCAGUCCGCGGCACUACGGAGAGUUCAUAGAGUUCCUGAGCAAAGCGCGGGAGACUUUCCUGCUGGCACAGGACGGCCACAUUCAGUUUGCCCAGUUCAUAGACAACCUGAAACAGAUCUACAAGGGCAAGAAGAAACUAAUGAUGUUGGUUAGGGAGCGCUUCGGCUGACCUUUGACCUCGCUGACCUUAACCCCCCCUCACAGGGACCCUCUUCUUGGGAGUAGUUCAACUUAUUUGUUUCUAUUUAAGGUUUUUUGAAUUCCAUGUAUUUUUACUUUUUAUGUUGAGCCAUUUGUUGAUUAAGUCUUAAGUUUUUGUCCUGUUUUGUUGUUUUGUUUCUUGAAUGUGAACCAGGAAGUGUUCGCAGUACAUUGCUCCACUUCAUUGAGACUGCAAAAGGGGGAAACGGCUUGAUAUGUCAAAGAACCAACAACAAAAAUGCAGCAAUUUCCCCUCCAACUAAUGUUAAAUCUAGUAUGAAAAAGUCAAAAGAUUGUGAUGACAAAAAGCAAAAGGAACUUUUGUUGUUAAGGUGGCACAUGAUGAUAUAGAACCAAAAGAUUUUGUUGGACGGGGUACUUUGAGCCAGAAGACACUUUCAGCUGGGGUUAAGAAGAAAAAGAAGAAGUGGUUUUCAAAGUGGAGGAAACAUGUGAUUCCCAAAAAAAGGAACCCACUGAGGUUGAAAACACACAUAGUGUUACUGUCAUACCUCGACUGUAUUAUUUGUCAGCUUUAUCUUCUCUAUCAGAAACGGCCCCUUGUUUCAUUCAGGGCAUCUGAGAGUAGAGAAGGCAGAAUACAGAACUACAUGUGUGUGGUCUUUCUGUAGAAGUCAGUACCAACAGGUUUAAGAAACGGACUAAAGCCACUCUAGACUAGCUCCUGUCCUCUCCACCUGCUGGUCAGUGCUUUUCCUUGACAAUAUCUCUAGAGGAAGAACCAUGUUGCUUCACAGAGUGCAUGUUUUCAAAUGCAGAAGCCUGAGAGUGAUAUUAUUAAGGCUGUUCUAGCUAAGGUAGAGUAGUUGAGGCUCCAUGUGCACAUACAUAUAUAUACAGUUUAUCUUGUAUAUCCUGCUAUAAGCUUAUUAACAGUGACAAAAGACAACUGUAAUGAACGGUUGGGUCACAGUAUUCCCAUCUUCUGAGACACCACUGCACUGCUGUACAGCUAUUUGUGGCCAAAACCUUUUAAAUCUAUAAAACUCCAGUGGUCACUUUUCACUCACUAGAUCAAGAUUUAGUCAAUAAGCAAUACAAGUUAAGCCUCUGAUUCAUUUCACCCUCUUGUAUUCUGUUACAAAGCUUUGGAACAUAUUGGGACGUUGCUGAUUUCAGUGACUAUCAGUCACUGUUCACUCCGCCUGUAGCUAAAGUCCUUUUUCCAUCACAAGAACGUUUGUUGGAACUUUUUCCCGCACCCCAGAACAUUACCCCAUUAUAAUUUUGCCAUGCUAACUGCUAAAAUACAAGUUUCAAGUUACACAAGCACUAUUUAACAGCCAGUUUUAUCUCAAAUUAUAGUAGUAGCAAGGGAAGAUGAGAGUUAAAUAAGCUCUACCUUGUAUAUUUUUCAAAUGAAGAGACUGACAGAGAUUUAUCAAGAUUUAAAAAACCUAUAUAAAAAAAAGCCUAUAAAAGGAUUGUCUAUGCAUUUAUAGUAGAGCUAAGCAUAUGCCGCUUUUCAAAUGGGUAAUUUUGCGCAAUGUUGAAAGAAAUAGCUCGUAGUUAGCUCUUUGAACCUUUUUAGCAUCAUUUAGGUAAUUGUUUUGGUUUUCUGGCCUGUGACUUUACUGUUUGGUUCAUUCUUACUGCACUCAUUAUCCUUGUUUACAGCCACAACAACUGUUUUUAGCAAAAAAGGUAACUGACUGUACACUACCUGCCCAGCACCAAACAGCAGUCAAUGUUAGCUAGCUAAUAAA